AUGGGGAGCGGGCCCAGCCGGGAGCGGCCGCUCAGCAUCAGUGCAGAGACCCCGGGCACGGCGCAGCCCCCGUUGCCCGCACAGGCAGGUGAGUGCCUGCAGCCUCGGUACCCCCAUGUGUCCCUUCCUCCGGCCCCUCCUGGUGCCGUCGGGGGAGCUCUGAGCCCCGUCACCAUCCCCACAGCCCCCGGUGCCCUCCAGGCCCUGGCUCUCUGCGACUUCCCCUCUGGCUCGGGGGCCAUCCUGAGGAUGGGGGAGCAGCUCCGCGUCCUCUCCGAGGAUGGGGACUGGUGGCUGGUGGCAUCGGAGGUGUCCGGUAAGGAAUGCCACAUCCCCAGCAGCUGCGUGGCCAGGAUCCGGCACAGGUGGCUGUACGAGGGCAUCAGCCGGCAGAAGGCGGAGGAGCUGCUGCUCCGGCCGGGCAACGGCAGCGGGUCCUUCCUGAUCCGGGAGAGCCAGACCAGGCGAGGCUGCUUCUCGCUGUCGGUGCGGCGCUGCGAGCAGGGCUGCUGGGCCGCGGUCAGCCAUUACCGCAUCCACCGCCUGGACAACGGCUGGCUCUACAUCGUGCCUCGCCUCACCUUCCCCAGCCUGCACAGCCUCGUGGAGCACUACUCGGAGCUCGGAGAGGGGCUGUGCUGCGCCCUGGGCGAGCCCUGCUCCAUUGACGGGGUGAGGGUGGCUCCUGCUCCCGCCAUGCCCACUGUCGUGAGGAAGCCAUCGCUCAACUGGGACAAGAUGGACAGCUCCCUCCUGUUGGACACCGCGUCCCCCCCCGAGGACUCCCCCAUCAGCCUGGGCCUGCGUGAAGCCGUCAGCUCCUACCUGCUGCUGACGGGGGCGGCCAUCACCGAGGAGGGCGCUGAGGGGAAGAACUGCUGA